GAGCAAAACCAGACAUCAAUAUCCUGAUAGAGCUCUCCGUAUAAAAGAAACAAGACAGGCCAGGUGUAGUGGCUCACACUUGUAAUCCCAGCACUUUGGGAGGCUGAGGCUGGUGGAUCACCUGAGGUUGGGAGUUCGAGACCAGCCUGACCAACAUGGAGAAACCCUGUCUCUACUAAAAAUACAAAAUUAGCCAGGCAUGGUGGCACAUAUCUGUAAUCCCAGCUACUUGGGAGGCUGAGGCAGGAGAAUUGCUUGAACCCGGGAGGCAGAGGUUGUGGUGAUCCGAGAUUGCGCCAUUGUACUCUAGCCUGGGCAACAGGAGCAAAACUCCAUCUCAAAAAAAAAAAAAAAAAGAGACAAUCAAAUGAUGACAUACAUGAAUAUUGUCAUUGAGUGCUGGGAAAGGAAAUACAUGUUGUUUGUGAGUUUAUAGUGUGAACUUGAUCUACAGUAGACCAUCAAAGAUGACUUUCCUGAGAAAGGGGUAUUGUAUUGGAGCUAAGAUGUGACAUUCCAUUUUAUAAGUGCUACCACCACACAUUGCUUAAUAUUCUUGCAACAACCCUGUGAGAGCUGUCAAAUCUCUGCUAUAUCAGUACUGGCUAAAUUAGGUGUUAAAUGGUUGAGCUUCAAGAUGGGCAAAUCAUGACUUCGGACUACAUUCCUCCUUGCCUGGCGGCUGGGAAAUUCCUUAAGCUCUGUGUGUUUCUAUCCGACUGGUCUUGAAGGCGGUGGAUCUCUGCAGAGCGCCAACGUUGGCUUAAAAAAACCCCAAAGCUAGAUUGUCCAAAAGGCAUUUGUCUGGCCUUCCCUUUUACUGCUGGCUGGGAAGGAGGAGCAUCAGACCACAGAUCCUGGAAGGCACUUCUCUCCCUGACUGCUGCUGGCACUGCCGUGAGAAACUGCUUAUAUCCAGGACCAAGGAGUGAGUGGCAAUGCCAGGAAGCUGGUGAAGGGUUUCCUCUCCUCCACCAUGGUUGACAGCACUGAGUAUGAAGUGGCCUCCCAGCCUGAGGUGGAAACCUCCCCUUUGGGUGAUGGGGCCAGCCCAGGGCUGGAGCAGGUAAAGCUGAAGAAGGAGAUCUCACUGCUUAACGGCGUGUGCCUGAUUGUGGGGAACAUGAUCGGUUCGGGCAUCUUUGUUUCCCCCAAGGGUGUGCUAAUAUACAGUGCCUCCUUUGGUCUCUCUCUGGUCAUCUGGGCUGUCGGGGGCCUCUUCUCCGUCUUUGGGGCCCUUUGUUAUGCGGAACUGGGCACCACCAUUAAGAAAUCUGGGGCCAGCUAUGCCUAUAUCCUGGAGGCCUUUGGAGGAUUCCUUGCUUUCAUCAGACUCUGGACCUCCCUGCUCAUCAUUGAGCCCACCAGCCAGGCCAUCAUUGCCAUCACCUUUGCCAACUACAUGGUACAGCCUCUCUUCCCGAGCUGCUUCGCCCCUUAUGCUGCCAGCCGCCUGCUGGCUGCUGCCUGUAUCUGUCUCUUAACCUUCAUUAACUGUGCCUAUGUCAAAUGGGGAACCCUGGUACAAGAUAUUUUCACCUAUGCUAAAGUAUUGGCACUGAUCGCGGUCAUCGUUGCAGGCAUUGUUAGACUUGGCCAGGGAGCCUCCACUCAUUUUGAGAAUUCCUUUGAGGGUUCAUCAUUUGCAGUGGGUGAUAUUGCCCUGGCACUGUACUCAGCUCUGUUCUCCUACUCAGGCUGGGACACCCUCAACUAUGUCACUGAAGAGAUCAAGAAUCCUGAGAGGAACCUGCCCCUCUCCAUUGGCAUCUCCAUGCCCAUUGUCACCAUCAUCUAUAUCUUGACCAAUGUGGCCUAUUAUACUGUGCUAGACAUGAGAGACAUCUUGGCCAGUGAUGCUGUUGCUGUGACUUUUGCAGAUCAGAUAUUUGGAAUAUUUAACUGGAUAAUUCCACUGUCAGUUGCAUUAUCCUGUUUUGGUGGCCUCAAUGCCUCCAUUGUGGCUGCUUCUAGGCUUUUCUUUGUGGGCUCAAGAGAAGGCCAUCUCCCUGAUGCCAUCUGCAUGAUCCAUGUUGAGCGGUUCACACCAGUGCCUUCUCUGCUCUUCAAUGGUAUCAUGGCAUUGAUCUACUUGUGCGUGGAAGACAUCUUCCAGCUCAUUAACUACUACAGCUUCAGCUACUGGUUCUUUGUGGGGCUUUCUAUUGUGGGUCAGCUUUAUCUGCGCUGGAAGGAGCCUAAUCGACCUCGUCCCCUCAAGCUCAGCGUUUUCUUCCCGAUUGUCUUCUGCCUCUGCACCAUCUUCCUGGUGGCUGUUCCACUUUACAGUGAUACUAUCAACUCCCUCAUCGGCAUUGCCAUUGCCCUCUCAGGCCUGCCCUUUUACUUCCUCAUCGUCAGAGUGCCAGAACAUAAGCGACCGCUUUACCUCCGAAGGAUCGUGGGGUCUGCCACAAGGUACCUCCAGGUCCUGUGUAUGUCAGUUGCUGCAGAAAUGGAUUUGGAAGAUGGAGGAGAGAUGCCCGAGCAACAGGAUCCCAAGUCUAACUAGACACCAUCUGGAAUCCUGAUGUGGAAAGCAGGGGUUUCUGGUCUACUGGCUAGAGCUAAGGAAGUUGAAAAGGAAAGCUCACUUCUUUGGAGGCACCUGUCCAGAAGCCUGGCCUAGGCAGCUGCAACCUUUGAACUUACUUUUUGAAAUGAAAAGUAAUUUAUUUGUUUUGCUACAUACUGUUCCAGACUUUUAAAGGGGACAAUAAAGGAGACUGUGGGGAGGAGCACGUCAGGUGUGGGCUUGGUUGUUUUAGAAGCACCUGAGUGUGCCUACCUACUCCUCUUUUAAAAGGGCCCACAAUGCUCCCAUUUCCUGUCUCCUUUAGAGAGACAUGAAACUAUCACAGGUGCUGGAUGACAAUAAAAAGUUAUGUUCCUAAA